UAUAUAUAUUCAUUUCCCCUCAUUACAUCCUCAAUAAUCCACAUUUCGCCGACUCCUCUGGUUUCCCCUUCCCAAAUUUCUCUGUUUCAGGCUCCUCCAGAUUUCGAUUCCAAUCGAUUCCCCCAGCCAAAACCCUAGAAUUGCGUCCGUACCCAUCUCCAUCCCUCAUCUCUCUCUCUCUCUUUCGUCUGCGGUACCUAAUUGCCGAUUCUUUCUAGUUCUCCCUCAGCUAUAGAAGGACCCCGAACAGAAAACCUACCACCAUCCAAGUACUUGCCCUUUUUCGCGAAUGAUCGUCAGUUCAAACAUGAUGGCCGAGACCGAGAUUAUCUGCAAGCAAACCAUCCCCUCCGUCAAGUACCACCUCUGCGUCGCCGCGGACCACAAUUUGAAGGUCGACGACCCCUCCUCGCCUUUGUCACCGAUCUUGGAGGCCGAAGUCUCGCCCUUUGAAUCGGUUGCCAGUUUCAAAGAACCUCGCGCAAUCAAGGACUCUAUUAUUGAUCCCUCUACAAACAUGUCAUUUCCAGACAUCCGAUCGGGAAGCCACUCUGAGAUUGGACCAAGGCCCUCCAUGGACGAUGAACACAUUCGAAUCGACGACCUCUCUACUCAUCUUGGUUCCUUCUUCAACUGCCACAGUGCCUUUUAUGCAGUUUUUGAUGGUCAUGGAGGGCCUGAUGCUGCUUCUUACAUAAAAAGGAAUGCUAUGAGGCUAUUCUUUGAGGAUGCUGGUUUGCCCCAAACUUCCGAUAUUAGUGCCGCCUUCUUGGAAUCUCUGAUGGAUUCCCACAGGAAAGCUUUUCUGCUAGCAGAUAUUGCUAUUGCUGAUGACAACACUAUCAGCACCUCGUGUGGGACAACCGCGCUGACUGCCCUAGUCCUUGGACAUCACUUGCUGGUUGCCAAUGCCGGCGACUGCAGGGCAGUUUUAUGCAGGAAAGGUGCAGCCUUUGAAAUGUCACAAGACCACAGGCCUUCGUAUUUGCCUGAACGCAGAAGAGUUGAGGAGAUGGGCGGUCGAAUAGAAGAUGAAUAUCUCAAUGGGUACCUAUCAGUGACCCGGGCACUCGGUGACUGGGAUCUGAAGCUUCCAUAUGGCUCUUCAUCGCCUCUAAUUGCUGAACCUGAGUUUCGACAAAUGGCACUCACUGAAGACGAUGAAUUCUUGAUAAUUGCUUGUGAUGGAAUCUGGGAUGUCAUGUCAAGCCAGUAUGCUGUAAGCCUUGUUCGUCGGGGGCUAAGACGGCACGAUGAUCCAGAACACUGUGCAAAAGAGCUAGUGAAUGAAGCAGGAAGACUCCAUUCUGCCGAUAAUCUCACUGCGUUAGUGAUCUGCUUCCGCGGACCGAGGCCCGUAGAGUCGUGCCCUCCGCAAAGGAGGAGGUUGAGGUGCUUCAGCCUUUCCGAGGAGGCUCGGAGUCGGCUGAAGGGGUUGAUGGAAGGAAACUGAGAUUGUACAGAAAGUAGGAAGUGGGAAUUGUAUUUUAUCAUUCAACCUUAACUUAAUUUUUGGCCUGGCAGAGGGGGCUUAAGGAUAGAGGAUGAUGGGUUUUUUUUGCUCUCGUCUGUUUUGUGGCUGCUUCAGAUGAUGAUAGGUGCCUAGUUAUGGUAGCUCUCAGGGUUAGAGAAAAAGCAGCCAGCAGUUUUGGUUAGUAGGUUUGGAUACUGAAGAUGUAUCUAGUCUAGAUGUUCAAUAAAGGCCAGAGAGUGCACCACCCAUCACUUUUCCGAGGAGUAGGUUUUAUAUAGGAAAGCCCCCUCUCGUGUUUCUGGAUUUUGUGAUACUCUGUUUCCUUCCUGAAGAUGGUUAGAUGUGUUUUCUCAACCGAUGUGUACCAGGUUCGAAUGGGUUGAAUAGAGUAUGCACAGAUUUGAUCUCCAUUCAUUUGCUUGGGGAUGUUCACAGCAAAUUUGUUUUGAUGAAUGGUUGGAAAGGAGACAAAAGGUUUGGCAUUGGCAAAUGGUGACCACAUAGCAUGGGAGAUUGAAUGAAUAUGAGAAAGUUGGUUAUCUUUCCAGUUAUCGGAAGCUUUCUGCGAUAGCGUUGUUUGUGGUUUCGGUGGGGGAAACGGACAGAUAGAAGAAAGGGUAAGGGUUCUGUGACGGGGAAUCGCCAGUAGCAAACAGCGGCCACCUUUCCUCUUGGUUAUCAUCUCAUCAGCAUCAACGGAUAAGGCAACCAAGAAGAAGCCACCCUUGCUGGGUUACUUGAGCACCAAUGUUGUCCUCGCCGUUAUGAAUCUUUUAAGUGUAAAUGUGUAUUAUGGUAGAAAUGAAAAUUUGAUGGAGUUUCGUGAAAUAUUAUAAACGAACUCGAAUCAGAACGAAUAAAUAAAUUUGAAUGUUUUUAUUAUCUGGU